GUGUCAACUGGUCUACUUGGCGCAAUUAAUAAAAUAUACCUUGCAUUAUAAUUAUCCAAAUUAGAACACCGGAUAAAGACUGACGGUCUACUAACUGUUGACCGACAUUUCCCCUUUCUUUGCCGGAACCACUCGCUCAGAUCGUGGCAACACUCAGUAUAUCUUCACAAUAUGAAAGAAAGCAUCCGUACAGUCUGCUCGCACUGACUAACGUAAGCCCAGGUGAAAUUCGAAACGGUUCAGUUUGUGUUCGCAUAUCCGCCGUCUGAAUAGCGAAAGUGUUUCCAGAAGAACCGGUCAACAUGAAGAUAUCAUUUAUCAUCGAGAUGCUUCUAAUAGCUAUAUUAGUCGGAUUCGCUGCUUCAGCUGUGAUAGAUAAACCCUCCAAACAUAAAGAACACGCCGUCAAAAGCCACAUCAGCGAAGCGUCACGGAAAAUAUCAAACAACAAGAGACAGAAUCAAAAUGCCGAUCAGAGUGCACCGAACAGAUUUUGCAGUUGCGCCCAAUGGUCCUGCAAUUGUUGCAGAGAUUUCGCAAUACCUGUCGUGAAUAUCAAAGGACCAGGAUGUGCUACACUGCAAUACCUCAAAGGAGAUGAGCUGGCUAUAUCGAUGAGCUUCAACGAUAGGGUGCUUGCCAACAGAACGAUCAAAGGUAGAAAACCUCAGCCUAUCUGCAUGUCCCUACCGGGCGGAGUGUCAAAGUUCUGCGGUAGAGUGUAUAACAUAGGCCGUGAAGGUAACGAAUUCAAUGCCUGUUUGGGCUUAGAACUUCGUGCUCUGGAGGACAUUGAGGCAGCAGUUAGAGUGUCUUGUUUCCGAUUUGGGCCUCAAGGAUUCAGACUGACACCAGCGCAACCGUUACCUCCGAUUGAACAGGAGGACGAUGACGACGAUGAUGAUGACGACGAUGACGAUUACCUUUUCGAUGAAGAUGAAGAAGAGGACGAUGACCCAUCGGAAACCCUAACUGUCCUGGACGAUGACUUUAUCGGUGCAUAUUUCCAGGAAGGUGAUGAGACAACUACAUCUAACAAAAAGAAAGUAAGCACUACAACCAGGGCUCCUCUGAGGCAAGCUACAAGGAGAACAACCACAAAAAAGCCUAUAAGGCGUGUCACCUCAAGGCCUACAAAAAGGAUCACAGCAUCUGCAACUACUAAGAGGUCAACUACUAGCACUACCACUACUACAACUGAGGCGCCAAAAAUUUCUGAUAAUGAAAUACUUAGCGAUCUGAUGAACAACACUAUGAGUCAAAAUGAUGCGGUUCAGAACAAUCUCACCAAAACUUCAAAUGAGACAGAAGGUACGCCUCAAGUUGACACAGAAACGGCCUCUGCAACUGACUAUACUCCCGUCCAAUCUGAACAAGAACAAGCUACACAAGCAGAGGUUGUAACCACGCCUACAAUCAAAAAAAAAGUCGACGACCAAUCAAGUUCGAGUGAGGAAAAUGAUCCUCUAACUGACGUUGUGGGUGACGUGAUUGAAGACGAAAUCGACGACUCGGUUGAGGAGAAAAAAGGAACGAAGAUUAAUGUGGCACCUGUCAACAAAGUAAUGGAUACGAAAGAACAUCUGGAUGACGACGAAGAAUCUGGAGAAAUGAUGGAUGAGAUUGUUGAUGGAGUUGCAGACACCGUUGGAGGAGAAUCGGAAGAAGACGAUAGUGAUACUGAUGACGACGAUGAUGAAGAAAGUAGAAGAUUCGCGAAACGUUUGUAAUUGGUCAAGGAAAGAUCCAUUUAUUUAUUAGGUUAGAGGGAAAAGAUAUAUGUUGUGAGUGAUGAUAAUGAUUACAAAAAUAUUGUCCUUCAAAUUGAAGCCAUAAUGUUUGAGGUACAAAUGAAUGCUUGAU